CAGGCCCCCGGCCCCGCCCCCGUUGUCCUCCCGGCCGGCGUUUGGGGGCGGUUUUUCGGCCGGCCAAAACAACAUCACCCCCUGGUCUCUGGCACACACACAAAGUCAGCUCCCUAGCCGUCUUCGUUUUCUUUCUCUCUCUCUCCCCCCCCCCUUUCGCGGACACCUCGCCAUCAUGCCCGCCUACCACUCCUCCUUCAACGCUGUUUCGACCGAGGCCCACUGCCAGGUCGUCGGCAACUUCCCCCUGCUCCCUCUGACCACCUCUUCCCGUGGCCCGGCCCCCUCGAACCCCGCCGGCCAGAUGGACAUCGUUGACGAGGCCAUCUCCAUCUUCCGCGCCAACGUUUUCUACCGUAACUUCGAGUUCCAGGGCAACGCUGACCGCGCCCUUUGCUGGAUCAUUCUCUACAUCUCCGACUGCCUGAACAUCAUUCAGAAGUCCUCUUCCAAGAUCGAUGCCAACAAGCGCCUGCUCACCGCCGCGGCUGACGCCAACUUCGCCAUCCCCGGCGACGGCAACUUCGUCUUUGGUGCCCUCUACCAGAAGCCGGCCUCUCCCUCCGAUGCCAACCUCCUCCGCCAGUACAUGUCCCAGCUUCGCCACGAGGUCGGCACUCGCCUGGUUUCCAUCGUCUAUGGCGAUGCCGAUGUCCCGAGCAAGUGGUGGAUGUGCUUCACCCGCCGCAAGUUCAUGAACAAGAGCCUGUAAGAAGGUUUGCACAACGGCGCGCGCUUAUGCAGGCGCAUCACACCAUUCCCCCUCAUUCCCGCGCAUACACACGCACACCCUCGCCUUUGAACCGUUGUACUGUGGCUGGCCGUAGCUACUUCCGCAUCAAAUACCCACCCCAGAGAGAGGAAGCCUUCCGACAUGUUUCCGUGCAACACACAUUCCUCCACAACCACACACACACGCACGCACACACACACAACGCACAUGCGUCCAUAUGACCGGGUGAUCGCGCACGCAGGGGCCUCUCGGGCGGCACCUCACACUAGUUCUCACGCGCGAGCAGUCCCCUGUGGAGGGGCCCCCUCCACGCCGCGCGCGUCCUCCCCCCUCUCCUCGCCAAUUCUCGCUCCUUUUCAAAAAUAAAGCCCCCACGCACACAA